AUGUCCACUCAACAGACAUUAACGUUAUUCCCGCUUUCAUCUUAUACAUUCACAACCAAAGCCGCUCAACCAGAAGAAGAUCCAUCAGUUGCAGCACGUUUACAAAGGUUACAAAAUCAAUAUGAAGAUUUAGGAAUGCGACAUACAGUUGAAGCAGUUUUAGUCGUUCAUGAUCAUGGACAUCCACACGUUUUGAUGAUCCAAAUUGCUAAUGCAUUUUUUAAGCUUCCAGGAGAUUAUUUACGUCCAGCAGAAGAAGAAACAAGUGGUUUAGCACGUAGAUUAGACGAACGCUUGGCACCCGAAGAAGAUGAUCCAAACAGUUAUGGACCUGGUGGAAUGAGCGCAGGUAGUGGUGGAGAAUGGGAAGUUGGAGAUUGUUUGGCUCAAUGGUGGAGACCGGCUUUUGAAACGUUUAUGUACCCUUAUGUUCCACCACAUAUCACGAAGCCAAAAGAGUGCAAAAAGUUGUUCUUGGUACAAAUGCCUCCGACAAAGAUUUUGGCCGUUCCAAAGAAUAUGAAAUUAUUGGCUGUUCCUUUGUUCGAGCUAUAUGACAAUUCACAGAGAUAUGGACCACAACUAUCAGCAAUUCCGCAUCUUCUAUCUAGGUAUAACUUUAUCUAUUCCGAUUAG